UCAGCUAACCGGCUAACUGAGUAGGCUAGCGAAGUUUAGCCGCUAAUGCUAAGUGACUGGCCAUGUUGUUGAUGCUCUUUUGUUUAACUUCAAAAGUUGUGUUGGCUUUUGAACUCACUUGUCUCCCUGCGCAGUGACCCUGGGAACUAAUUAACACAAUAUCUCAGACCGGUCGAUGCUGUUGCCACUGAGAUUACGCUCGGGUCGAAUGCUUCGAGCCGGUUGUGUCCUUGUUUUGUGUUUUUAGCUGUUUGCUAAGUUGCGGUCGUAACUUAACACUGUGUUGCUCACCGUGGCUGCUCAGACUUUAACAUGACAAUAGUUCACCAGCGGGGUUUUGCGGGUUCUUACUAUGACUGUGGACAUUGUUGACUCAUUCGUUAUCCUGCAAAUCCCUUCAAACAAUUAAGCCCGAGGCUCGUUACUCGGAGGCUUUACGGAGGUUGAAAUUCUUCAAUUGGAGGCAAAGUUCUCAGAGCCACAAGGAGAGGGAUACCUAGUCACGAAAGAAUCGGCGUCAACACGUGUUGUGAAAGAUUACGAGACCGUCUUUAACGUCUAGUAAACACGCAGAGAAAGAACACGUGUGGGAGUUACGGAAUAGAAGGGUCGAACCGCUUUUUCCUGCUAGAACCAGUUGGGCAAGGAGCGACACACAGAACAUGGAGGGCCUGCACUCCCACUGCCUUAAGUGCUUCAACAGAAGAUGCAUGCUGAGACCGGAGGCGGGCGUGUGCUGCACCCUCAUCUGCUGCCCUCUUGUCUGCGGCGCGGUUUUUCACUCGUGCAAACAAGAGGAACACCGUCUACUGUGCCCGUAUGAGCGGCUGGCGUGCCUCAACAGCGGAUUUGGCUGCCCGUUCACCAUCGCGAGGAUCAGGAUGGCAAAGCACCUGGCCACGUGCCCGGCCAGCAUAGUGUGCUGUACCAUGGAGUGGAAUCGUUGGCCCGUGAGCUACUCUGAUCGCAAGUCCUAUGAAAACUUGAGCAAAGACUUUGACGAGGUGGAGCAGCUAGACAUGGCCCUGGCUCUGCAGGAUCAGAGGAUGCUGUUGGAGUCCCUGAAAGUCACGACCACCGUGUCAAAGAAUGGCAAUAAAGCGGCAGAUGAAAGUGAUAAAAUGGCCACGGCGUCGAGUCUGCCAGAGACAGCGUUUGGUACCGCAACAGUGGAAAUGGAGGAGGAGCCCUAUAGCGGCUUGUACAGAGCUUCAGUGGAGACGAGCAGAAGUUUAGCAGCUGCCUUGGACAUCCUCAGCAAUGGCAAGGAUAUUGAAGUUAUUGUUGGAAAUUUGAAUGGCGAAAAGACGGGGAAAAAUGGACCACUCCAAAAUGGUGAUGGUCAUGUCGCGGAGGUUGGGAGGAACGUAGAUAUGCAAGGGAGCGACUCUGAUUCAGACUGUGAGCUCGGAGCGGUGGGCGGAGUGGAUUGCGCAGUCGAGACGGAUGGAAGAGAGGAAGAGGCCACCGGCUGGGUAGAAGAAAAUGAUGUUGUGGAGUUGUUUUUUGAAGAGAAGGAAAACAUUGUCGAGCAGACCGUAAAUGACUCCAACCACGUCUGGCCGGCGGUGCCUCCGGAGGACUACAUGCCGGUUGUAGCGCUGGAACCUCCUGUGCCACAACAAGCUCAAGUUCCGCAUCCGAUGCCAUUCCUGCUGUCCGAGCACGUGAGGAAUAACUUCUUACAGCAGCUGCCCACUGAACUGCGGUACAGGUGUUUGGAGCGUAAACUGCAGAACGUGGAAGUGCUCAGAGGGAUGAAUAUGUUUACAUUCAACGGACGCCGGGCGCUGCUGUCGGACCCGUACCUGUUUCGAGCAAAGAUGGAGGACAAGUCAGUAGACACGUCGGACCUGGAAGUAGCAGAUGACCCCAUGGGCCUCCACGGCAUCGACCUCAUCACUGCGGCGCUGCUCUUCUGCCUGGGCGACUCUCCGGGAGGGCGGGGAAUCUCAGACAGCAGGUUUGUCGACGGCUACCACAUUGACUUCGGCACCCAGACUUUCUCCUUCCCGUCGGCCAUUCUGGCCACCAACACCAUGGUGGGAGACAUCGCUUCAGCCUCGGCCUGCGAUCACGCUAGCCCGCAGCUCUCCAAUCCGAGCCCCUUCCACACCCUCAGGCUGGACCUGGUGCUCGAAUGCGUGGCUCGAUACCAAACAAAGCAGCGCUCCAUGUUCACCUUUGUGUGUGGGCAGCUAUUCCGGCGAGACGAGUUUUCGUCUCAUUUCAAAAAUGUUCACGGGGAUAUUCACGCGGGACUCAAUGGCUGGAUGGAGCAACGGUGCCCCUUGGCUUACUACGGCUGCACCUACUCCCAGCGGCGAUUCUGCCCGUCCGUACAGGGCUUCAGAAUCAUUCACGACCGGCACCUCGGCUCAUUCGGGGUCAAGCCGGGUUUGCCAUUGAAUGCUGGGGAAAACCUUCCACGGAAACCCCGGCGCCUCGGCUCUCGGUGCGAUCAGUUCAGCAAUCUCCCGUUCGAAGUGUUGCAGCAUGCAGCAAGCUUCCUGGACAGCUUUAGCUUGUGCCAACUGUCCAGGGUGUCCCGCACCAUGAGGGACGUGUGCGCCAGUCUGCUUCAGAUGCGCGGCAUGGUCGUCCUGCUGUGGGAGAAAAAGCGGCGUGCCGACGGGUCUCCUACAUGGCAGAUCACCGACAAGGUGUGGCGAUUCAGCACGGCCUUUGGUACAGUGAACGAGUGGAAGUUUGCCAACAUCGCCAGCAUGGCCGACCACCUCAAGAAGUGCCAGUUCAACAAGGUCGCCCGCCGGGAGGAGGCGAUCCCUCUGCCGUGCAUGUGCUUCACCAGAGAGCUCACAAAAGAAGGAAGGUGUUUACGCUCAGUUCUCAAACCGGUAGCCUAAGUGAUCCCGAAAGACAAAGACAUCUUUUGGACUUUUUUUUCGGCGACCAUUAGAACUCAAAAACCUGUGCAUUUCCCUCCAGUGUUUACAGACGUACGUCUCUUUCUGCCUCAAAACAACAACUCCUGGUUGAAACAUUAGAUGGUGUUUUGCCCGUUGCCUCACGUUGGAAGUAAUGGUCUCCCAUGUCACAGAUCCAGAUCGUAAACCAGCACAUUAAAAGGCUCGCCUUGUAUCUUCCAUUCUAAUGGAUUUAUUACCAGUGUAAGUUUUACCUUCAUCUGCUCUGACAUUGUAUGAAAAAACAGAUGUAGAUUUUUAUUUGCAGUACUGCGCUACAAUGGAGGUAAGAGUACAGCCUUAACUUAUGAAACUUGAUUUUGUGGGCACGGAGUUAAACAUCUCAGUGAGAUUUACAGUUUACUGUUUUCUUGCACGGUUUUGUAUUUUAUCCUGACACGCAGUGACCACAUGUGUUCUGCUUUGAGCUCAUAGAUAUUUCAUGGCUUUAGUCUACAUUUAAGACCAAACGUCUGUGGUAAGCAACAUCACUGGAUUUUGUUUCCAAUGUGGGUGUUGAUUUUUUUUUCACAAGCACACCCCCCAUCAUCGCGUUUGGUGUUUUUAAGUGUAGGGUGGUCCGUCACAUUAUAGCAGUAAGAGGAUGCGGUCCGGCUUCCUUUUAUCGCACCUCUUGAUGGAAGCAACACUACUCACUAGCCAAAAGUUUUUAGCUGUGGUUGGUCUCUUUCUACCGGCUACAUUUAACCAGCAAUCGUGUGAAAGUUUUAUACAAAAACAAAUGUAGCAAAUAAAAUGAUGAAUGUACUGCUGGAGUAAAAGAAUCCAUCAGCGACUGCGGUCAGCUCGGUCUCGCUCCCUGAUGAAACCCUGCAGGCCAGGUGUUCCCCUCGGUAAUGAGCGCCACUAAUCGUGUUACUAUUUAUCAUGGUUGUAUGAUUUUUCUCACUACACGUCCACGCUGUUCAAAUGCGUUGCCGUCUCAGGGUCGUAGCAUGAAGCUUUGAAGCCGCGUGGUCGUUAAAACCGGCCAGCCAACCAGCGGUCCGACGACUUGUCAGCUGCUUGAUUAUUACGGGGUCUAAGGAGACCGGUGAGCCGCUCAGUAUUCUAAAAACAUUAGUGUUUUUCAGUGCGGAACGAACGAACGACACGUUUGCCAUCAGUGUCGUGUUUUUAAGGCUCGGUAACGCUCUGUGAAGCGAUCACACUUGAACACCUUAUUUUUCUUGUUUGGAUUUAGAAACACGGUCUAACGAACCACAUUUGGCUCAUUUAUGUGAACAUGUUUUGCGCAUUGGAGAUUGUUUGACAGUAUCACUGCAAAAGUAACCGAUUACUGCUAAGAAACGGUUAUAAUCCUUUGAAGGAAAUUGUGUGAUUUUGUUUUAAAAAAUAUAUAUUUUUGAAGUUGGAUGUAAAGCCCAAAAGAUGUCAACUAAGCUGUGUUUUUACGCUAAUGUGUCCAAAUCCAUGUCUGUCUUUUUCUUUUUUGUACAGGUACUGUUUGGAGAAAAAAAAAUGGCCUCUUGUAGAUUUUUUGUUUUUUAAUUUGAAUUACUGAUUUGCACAUCAAUGCAUGUACUGUACAAGUUGAGAUAGAAGGCUGAUGGGUUAUCUUUGUCGAAGUACCAGAAUUUCCUUCCCACGUGUUUUGCAUGAGAGUUUGACACCUUUGUAAAAUAUUUACGGAUUAGUUCUCAGGAACAGUGAGUCACAUUUUCAACUUUUCUUUUUUAAACUUGUCAUAUUAAACAACUGAACUCAGCCAGAUCUGAUCGCAUGUCUUUAUUCUGAGUGGGUGGAGUCCAGUGGAUGACCUAGACAUUUAAAUUGGUCUUUAGUCCUUUUUGUAAUGUACUGCGGGCACUUUGUUUUCACUCCUGCUGAAGUGUGUUUUUCACUACAAUACGCCAGCCUCAUUUGUUUGACUUUGAAUAUUUUAAUAAAGAGGAUCUCAGUUUUUAAA